AAUCAAUUGAAGAAGAGAAGGUUUGGCAAGCCACAUGUAAGGUUGAAAAUUGGUCAAGAUUGUAGUAUAUGAAAAAUGCCCAGUACAUUUAUUGUGGCUGCUUUGGGGAUAAGAGCUAAAUGUUAUUGGAACACAGAUUUCGUGGCUGAGUUUUAGAUGCUUGGUCGCUUUCACUUCUACAAUUGUCUUCCAUUAAUUUGUUGAUAUAUAUAUUUGGAUUGUUUUAUCCAACGUAGGGGCUGGUUCUUCUUCAUGACCACUGUGAUAAAUUGGUGUAUUGAUGUUUAUAUGUGUUUUAGAUUGAUUUCUGUUUGUUCUUGUGAGUGAAAUGAAGAGAGGUUUGGAUUAGCAGGGAAGGUGGGUUAGAUUAAUGGAGGCUUCUGGUGUUGGUGUAGCUUCACCUCAGACAGAGGAUUUGGGAGGCAAUAAAUUCAAGUUUUUGUGCAGCUAUGGAGGUCAGAUUUUGCCAAGGCCUGGUGAUGGGAACCUUCGUUAUGUUGGAGGAGAAACAAGAGUUGUAGCUGUGAGCAAAAAUGCCACCUUCCAAGAUAUUAUGAACAAGCUGGAGAAUAUGUGCGGUGCGAAAGUGGUCACAAAGUACCAGCUGCCAAUAGAGGAUCUAGAUCUAUUGGUCUCUGUCACUUGUGAUGAAGAUUUACAGAACAUGAAGGAAGAGUACGAAAGAUAUGAGAGCUUGUGCUGCAAAGAAAGCUGCCCUCUCCUCCGGAUCUUCUUGUUCCCCUCGAAGCAGAUUCUAGCUGAUCACAGUGGAGAGAAUCAAACCCUAGAACAGAGAUACAUUGAUGCAGUAAACGGAAUAGUGAUACCCUCCAAGCUCAAAUUCUCCGAUUACUCAUUUUCUGUCGAUCCAAACAGGCCGACCGAAAUGGAUGUCGACAGCUCGGCCCCAUCAACAGCCCGGACAAAUUAUGGGUCAUUUCAAACAGACCAUCCUCAUCAUCUUUCUCAAGCUUUGCAAGAAGUGGACUUGAAUAGACGUCAUACGGAUCAUUUUACUACUAAAUGUAAAUCCAUGCCAAAAGAUCGAACUGGGGUUUGCACACAGUCGAAACCCAUGAUCCAGGUCGACCAAGUGGGCUUAAAUAUAGUGGUGAGUAAUCCUUCUUCGCCCCCCUAGUCCGCCAUUUGAGCUUCAGAGGGUACAAAGCUCCCCCAAUCUUCUGCAACAUUAUCAGGGCAUUCCUGCAUCAACUUAUUCUCCUUUGAAACCUGUUCCUGGUCGACCUGCAAUUGUAUAUAGAGGCAGAGGAGGAGAAUUGCCUCCAUGGAGCCGCCUGAAAUACUGUAGGUCUGAUGCUCAUAUUAACAGGCCUCCUCACCAGAUUAUUUAUGCAGAGCAGGCAUUUUGUCAAGACAGGGAAAUGAAGACUGCACAGGGAUCAGUCCUAGUUGCACAAGAAUCUCCCAGAAAUGCUGGAAAUCAUAAACACAUGAUUAGGAAUACUAGUUUCCAAGACUUACAGAGUCCUAAUCAUAAGCUCAUGUCCAGAAAUACUAGUUUCCAAGACCCACAAAGUCCUAGAAAGGUUUACUGAUGGAUGCCUCUUCCAUUCUGCAGUUUUCUUUUCUUCAGGGCAGAGAGUUAGGCAUCUACUAGACAAUUGUGGGAUCAUUCCAGGAUGACUGUUGAACAGUCGAAUGCACAGUAUUGUAGAGUGUUACCCAAUUUGAGUCUCUCAACCGUAGUAUUGAGAAUCUGCCAGUCCCUGCAGAACUUGCAGAACUUGACUAAUGUUAAAAUUCAUGGUUUUUGAAAAUUUGCCAAAUUCUGAAUCAGAGUUUAAAAUAUACUCUCUGAGUUGAAACCGAGCCGGAGUCCAAUACUAUUCACUUAACCACAAACUCCGAGGAAUUCCGAAUUAUAGCCUAAAUUGUGCCCACUGAGUUAGAAUGAGUCUGAUUAUCAAAAUUAUAGUGUUAUCAAUUUAGUUUGAAAGCAAACAAUUGUGUUGUAAAUUUGGUUUAAAUAACAUAUUUUAAGUUUUGAUUUGUUUA